CAGCUCUUCCAGGACAGAAGGCGGCCACGUGACACUCUAUUUUCCCUGCUUCUUUUCUCGUCUUAAUAUACCUUCGCAUCAAGGAGAAAAGCAUUGGCACGUACUACCAACCGGUCUCAAGGCCUUGGUUUCCCAGUCUGGAUCUCUUUCAACGCCUAGGAACGCCCAGCUCAAUCCCCAGUUGAGGCAGAAUCACCAUGAAACCCGUGCAGCCAAGAGUCAUUGGAGUCGGCACAACAUGCUAUGCGACGACUACGGACGACAAGACAGUCCUCAAGGGCCACCAGGUCUGGCCUGGCGGGAACCUCGUGUUUGAUUACGGGGAUUCCUGCGAGGAGCGCCUGGCACGGGAAGCCACCAUCUACAAGCACCUCGGGCGGCACCCCCAGAUUUUGGAAUGCUUCGGUCUCGAAGAGGUGCAUCCGGGGAUCCACUCACUCCGCCUCGAAAUAGCGCCCUUGGGAUCCCUGCGCGCAUACAUGCGCCAGAUGGCCAACAACCCCCCUCCCGUGUUGUGCCGCCUGCGGAUGGCGCUCGAUGUGGCUACAGGCCUGGGCUACUUGCACUCGCGGGGCGUCAUGGCAUGCGACUUGUCGUCAACGAAUCUGUUUGUCUUCGACGACCUCAACGUGAAGCUCGGCGAUUUCGGCGGUGCUCUGCUGGAGGGAGCCGACUUUGAGUGGGAUCAGACACACGACACUCGCUAUCACUUACCUGCGCGGGGCAGGGCAUACGACGAGGUGCCGAUCAUGAAGAGGGAGCUCUUCAGCUUGGGGUAUGCCCGAGACGAGUUUCCAUCACUGGGCGGCAACGCGGCUCGGCAGAUUAUCCAGAAUUGCUAG